CAUCAAUAGCAAAGCAAACACGCCUCGUUUUGGAGGGAGCCGGAGCUGCACUCUAUCAAAGCCGGCCGGCAUGUGAAUUCUCGCCACCGUCCGACUCCAUUGCUUCAACCUCUCUCUCUCUCUCUCUCUCCACAAUGUCCGACCCUAGCUCGGCAAGGUCCCAAAGAUCCACCUCCUCCAUCUCGCCCUUCAGGUCCCGUAAGUCACCCGCAACAAAGUCCGCCGGACGACCAGUGACUCCCUCCUCCGCGAAGUCUUCUAGGACACCACAGAAACUUCUGGUUUCUCCGAAGACCUCGGCGAGCCCGAGCCCGAGCCCGCCGACUCUGACGCUGGACCGCCCCGAUAUAAGCAAGGCCAAGGAGGAGAAUGUGACCGUUACAGUCAGGUUUCGACCCCUCAGUGCUAGGGAGAUUAACAAAGGGGACGAGAUAGCGUGGUAUGCAGAAGGGGAUUUUACCGUGCGGAACGAGUACAGUCCUUCCACUGCUUAUGGUUUCGAUAGGGUGUUUGGUCCAGCAACAACGACGCGACAUGUUUAUGAUGUCGCUGCUCAGCAGGUUGUCAAUGGUGCAAUGCAAGGGAUUAAUGGUACAGUGUUUGCCUAUGGUGUUACUAGUAGUGGCAAGACUCAUACAAUGCAUGGGGAGCAAAAGUCUCCUGGAAUUAUUCCGUUAGCGGUGAAGGAUGUCUUUGGAAUUAUACAAGAGACACCUGGGCGUGAGUUUCUUCUCCGAGUCUCGUAUCUUGAAAUUUACAACGAGGUCAUCAAUGAUUUGCUUGAUCCAAUAGGACAGAACCUAAGAAUACGAGAGGAUGCUCAGGGAACCUAUGUUGAGGGAAUCAAAGAGGAGGUUGUUCUAUCCCCUGCUCAUGCUCUUUCCUUGAUAGCAUCUGGAGAAGAGCACAGACAUGUAGGUUCCAAUAAUUUCAAUCUACUUAGCAGUCGCAGCCACACUAUAUUCACCUUGACUAUUGAAAGCAGUCCACAUGGUGAAAAUCAUGGUGAAGAAGACGUCACCUUGUCCCAAUUGCACUUAAUUGAUCUUGCAGGAUCUGAAAGUUCUAAAACGGAAACAAUUGGAUUGAGAAGAAAAGAGGGUUCAUACAUCAAUAAAAGCUUACUUACUCUUGGAACUGUGAUCUCUAAACUAACAGAUGUAAAAGCAACUCAUAUUCCCUAUCGAGAUUCUAAACUCACACGUUUGUUGCAGUCAUCUCUCGGUGGCCAUGGACGGGUCUCCCUCAUUUGCACAGUGACUCCUGCCUCUAGUAAUAGCGAGGAAACACACAACACAUUGAAGUUUGCUCAUCGGAGCAAGCGUGUGGAAAUUAAGGCUUCUCAAAAUAAGAUUAUGGAUGAGAAAUCUCUCAUCAAGAAGUAUCAGAAGGAGAUUUCUAGUUUAAAGCAGGAGCUUCAGCAGUUAAAGUAUGGCAUGAUGCAGAAUCCAAGUGUGGUUGCAUCUACUCAGGAAGAUCUGGUUAAUCUGAAGCUUCAGCUGGAAGCCGGUCAGGUAAAAUUACAGUCAAGAUUGGAAGAGGAGGAAGAAGCCAAGGCUGCUUUGAUGGGGAGAAUUCAGCGACUAACUAAACUAAUUUUGGUUUCUACAAAAAAUUCUGUGCCAUCAAGCAUUUCAGAAAGGCCUAACCAUAGGCGGAGGCAUUCUUUCGGGGAAGAUGAGCUAGCAUAUUUGCCUGAUAGAAAAAGGGAAUAUGUGAUUGAUGAUGAUGCUGGGAGCCAUGCUUCUGAGCUUUCAUUUGAAGGAAGGGAUGACGUCAUGAAUAUUGAUGAGUUAGUUAAAGAUUACAAAAAGAAUAGAAAACGAGGAAUGCUUGGCUGGUUUAAAGUGAGAAAGCCUGAGAAUCAGGUAGGAUUGUCAUCAAAUUCUGACAGUGGAAGAUUUGCAAGUGGGUCACCUACAUCUUGUUCAAAAUCAUCGCAAAAUAGAGUCAUCUCUAAUGACAUGAAGGAUGGACGGAGAAAAUCUAUCAGUAGAAGCGGAAAUGAAUCUGCUGUUGUUGAUUCAUUUCCAGAGAGAACUCAAGCUGGUGACCUGUUUAGCGUGACUGUUGGAGGUCGCCGUCUGCUGCCGACUGGGACAACUAUUAUAGAUCAAAUGGAUCUUCUUUGUGAGCAAGUUAAAAUGCUGGCUGGGGAGGUGGCAUUAUGUACUAGUUCUCUGAAAAGACUCUCAGAGCAAGCAGCUAGCAAUCCUGAAGAUCCACAACUGAAUGAACAAAUGCAAAAGUUAAAGGAUGAAAUCAGUGAAAAAAAGCGUCAAAUACGUGUUUUGGAGCAACGUAUGAUUGGGUCUGUUGAUGUGACACCGCAUACAUUGAACAACAAUGAAAAGUCUCAGGCUCUUGCCAAGCUUGCUUCUCAACUAAACGAAAAAACAUUUGAACUUGAGAUUAAAUCAGCAGACAAUAGGAUACUUCAGGAGCAGCUACAGAUGAAGAUAUCAGAGAAUGCUGAGAUGCAAGAGACAAUUCUCCUUCUAAGGCAACAUCUCAACUCGUUAUCAGAUAAAAGUAUUUCACAACAUCUUAUUGAUGCUGGGGCUACCCCACCCAAGACAUAUUCUGAAGACCUAUUUGAAAAAAACAAUGAGGGGAAAGGAUUUGGUCCAUGUGAAGGAAUUUGUGUUGAUGAAAUUACGCCGACAAGUGUCAUGAGCUUGAAUAGAAUAUUUUAUCUUGAGGAGUCCAAAGACUGCAGAAGUGAUUUGAAAAACCAAGUCCAUGUGCAGGCUGCUGAGAUAGAGACUUUGAAGCAAGAGAAGGUGAGAUUGACUGAAGAAAAGGAUGGUCUUGAAAUUCAAACUCAAAAGCUGGCAGAAGAAGCUUCAUAUGCAAAAGAGUUGGCUGGGGCUGCAGCAGUUGAACUCCGAAACUUGGCUGAAGAAGUAACUAAACUGUCUUAUGAAAAUGCAAAGCUCACUGGUGACCUGGCUUGUGCAAGAGAGGCUGAUUGCAGAUCUCUCUGUUGUCAGAGGUCUACUUUGUAUGAUUCCAAGCAAAAUAGAACAAUUGGUGCUCGAAUUGAUGGUCACCCUAGAAAACUAGAGGAUGAUGUUUCGGUUGUGGAGAUCCAGAAAGAUCUUAAUGCAAGAUAUCAAAGAGAAGCUGUUCUUGAAACGGCAUUAUCUGAGAGAAAUCAAGUAGAAGGUGAGCUGCAGAGAAGACUUGCUGAAGCUAAACAGCGAGAAGAAGAUUUGGAAAACGAGCUUUCAAAUAUGUGGGUGCUGGUUGCAAAGUUAAGGAUGUCUGGCACUAAUGCUGAUGAUGCAGCCUCUAAAGGAUUGCAUGCAUCAAGUAUAUCACAAACUAGAGUUAGAAAUGGAUUUCUUCAAUCAAAUGGUAAUUCAUGUAGAAUGCUCAAAGAAAACGAAGUCCAUGAAAUUGUGGAUAAAAUGAGUACAUUAGAAGAAUUAAGAGCUUGCUAUACAAAAGAAAGUAGAAGAUGCGAAGAAUUGGAAAGCCUUGUUUCCAGAUUGAAGGGUGAAGAUAUUGCUGGUCUGGAUGUUACUGCUCUUGAAGAAUUGCAGAACCUUCACGUUGAGGCUAUAACUAAGAUUUGCCAUGCAAAGUGUUCAAAUCAUGGCUUAUGGCAUCCUGAAAUGAACACAUAAAGCGGGUGCUUCCACACAGUUUCUCAUCUAAGUCAUCUUUAAGGGUCUAAGCAGGCGUAAUGUAUUCUGUACAGUGAUGGAAAUCGUAACCAAAUCAACCAUGUAUCGAUCAGUCAACUUAUUUUAUAACUCUUUAAUAGAAUUACUGAAUUUUUACCUAAAAAAAAGGUACUCAAUUCUUGUAAGAAAA